AUGGCUCCAGAUACGAGAAAAGCCUUGUAUACUAGAAUGCAGCGUGCUUUUCAGCGCAAUGCCAAAGACUUGGGCCAAAAGCGAUACCUCCCUCCCGACUGUCUCUCUCAGAUAUUGACUCAUGAGAUAGUGGCCUCUCUACUAAAAGAAGCUCACAGACGAGACUUCAGCCAUGAAUAUAUUGCAUCGGUGAUGCAAAAGGCCCCAAAGACUUUUGCCCUCCUCGUCUAUAUUGAUGCUGUCGAGAAGUUUGCAUCGUUGUAUAGGCAGUUUGAUGACAGCGCCUUGCCUAUAGGCUUUGAGGGACCGUCGGAAAGCGAUGGAUCCGGCGUCUCUUCAUUCCACUGGCACGUUGCCUCAUUGAGCCCCAAGACGGGCGCCUUUGAUGAUCAGAGACGGCAUCCCGCGUUUGACACUUGGAGUGAUGGGUUGAUCGAAAAUUUCGAACAGCGCCAAUGGAUCUUUUUGGCCGUAGAAUUCUCGGCUUCCAAAUUGCACCACCAGUUUCACCCCAUGCAACCUUUACCAAUUCUCGAGGGCGACUUUCAAAAGAAGAGUGAAGGGCAUUUCAGUCUCGUAUACAAAGCGAAGCUACCUAUAUCAAUGCAGUUGAAUAGGUCCUCUCGAGAUCUUGCCAGACCAGAACAUGUGGCCGUCAAAAAGUUCCGACCCGAUGUCAGGGAGUUUUUCAAAAGAGAGUUUCAUAAUCUGGAAAAGAUUGAUACUAUAACACACCCCCAUCUCAUCAGACCUCUAACUACUUUUGAGCAAGGAGAGGAUCAGUUCAUUGUCUUCCCUUGGGCGGAUGGCGGUAACCUUCGCGAGUUCUGGGGCCCAAAGUUUAGAGAGACGUCUGUUCUAUGGGUGCUCAAGCAGAUGCAUGGUAUAUCUCAGGCACUCAAGAUCUUACACGGCAAAAACGGACGACACGGUGACAUUAAACCAGAGAACAUUCUACGAUUCCGUGGAAGUUCAGCAAGCGAAAACUCCCUUGUUAUCGCAGACGUAGGUUUGGCCAAGUUUCAUCAGCUGGCCACAUCUCAGCGAGACCAUGCCUCAUCAAUUACCGCUAGCACUGUGCGUUAUGAAGCCCCCGAGAUGAAUAUCGACGAUCCAAAACUCCCUCGAUCUCGUCGCUACGACAUCUGGUCUAUCGGCUGUGUCUACUUGGAGUUUGUCAUCUGGAUAACAUACGGCGACGCGGCACUGAAGAAAUUCAAUGCAAUGGGACAUCAUUACAAGUUUUGGGACUUUGACGGGAAAUAUGACGAUUCAAGAGUAAAGGGAGGCGUCAAGACUCUGCACCCGGAUGUCCAAGACAUGAUCAAGCGGCUGCUCAGCGACCUUCCAAGGCCCUCGGCCCUAAGGGACGUCGUAAAGAUGAUACGCGACGGACUGCUUGUCAUUAACCUGGCGAGAGAUGCUAGACCGCCACUGACGGUUCGGUGGAUCGCUCCGCACCUUUUCGACGUGAUGGACGACAUUUGGACGAGAGCGCAAACCGACCAGACUUAUGCUCUCGCCCUCAUCGAUGCUCCUUCAUCAAGUACUCCCCUAGUGGACGCGACGGCUCGCGACAAUCAAGACGAUACCCGAGCAAACCUCCAAGCCUCGGCCGACCAUGAAUCUCUAACUUUUGAUACACCUUUUACUAACAAGUUACAGUACCGCAUACAGCAAGCUCAAAAUGUCAAAGAUGUUUGGAUUAUCAAGAAUGAUAACACCUUUGCCCGAAAGCUUCUUCAUCAGCUCGAAUGGUCUGAUAUCAAGCCGGCACUGCCAGAACCAAGAUUGUGUAAUGACUGCCAACGCAUCGACUUUCAGAACCUUGAAGGUUUCCGCCUCGACCCAAAGAAACUGCAGCAGAGAUCAUCCGAGUGCGACUUUUGCGACCUGUGCUACAAGUCUUCUGAGAUUGAACAAAGAAGCGACGGAAUUGUGCGAUUCAAGCCGACAGACCGAUCAUCUUUGAUAUCUGUCUAUGUGGAUCCCGAAUCCGAUACAGACCUGUCGUCAUCUUUACCCAUCGGCUUCCCCCAGCUUCCAGAUCCUGGCAGUGCUGAAGAGACCUUGCUACUCAAGCACUGGCUUCGAAACUGCGACGAGAACCACACGUGCAUUCCAUUGAAUGAUGUCCACUACAUGCCUACCAGAGUCAUUGAUGUCUUUGCUGACUCCAAGGACAAGCUCAGACUAGUCGAGACAUGUGAUGAGAUCAAGGGUCGCUACGUCGCCGUAAGCCAUUGCUGGGGUAAUAUACCAGACUCGAAAAAGUUCUGCCUGCUGAACGAGAACAUCGAGGCGCUCAAAGAGAAUAUUGAUUAUGCUCAGCUGCCACAGACGUUCCGGGAUGUCGUUGACGUUAGCAGGCGACUCGAAGUGCGCUAUUUGUGGCUCGAUUCGAUUUGUAUUAUUCAGAACAAUAAUGACGACUGGGCCUCUGAAUCGACCAAGAUGGAAUCCGUUUACAGCUCAUCAUACGUCACCAUUGCAGUCAGCUCGGCAGCUUCGAGUCUUGUCGGACUGCCCAAGCAAAGAGACAAGAGACCAUGUGUCCGGAUCGGCGACCUCUACUUUGCAAAAGACAUUGACGAUUUCGAAACCGAUGUGCAAAAGGCAGUAUUAAACACUAGAGGAUGGGUAUUCCAAGAACACGCACUUUCUCGACGAUGCAUCCAUUUCACGACGAGCCAGAUAUACUGGGAGUGUGGAGAUGGCAUCCACUGUGAGACUCUGGCCAAACUAUCCAACCCCUAUGCUGCCUUUUUGGGAGACGCUCAUUUCCCAAACAUUGCGCAAGAGUACUUCAAGGGCGGCAAGAUACUGCAUUUCCAAGGCAUCUUUCAAAUGUACUCGAAACUAGCCUUUACCAAAAGGACAGAUCGGUCCCUCGCACUCCAAGGUCUCGAGAAUCGGCUUGCGAAGACGAUGAAAACCAAGGUGAAAUUCGGAAUCCUCGAAAACAUGCUCGGGCGAAGUCUUCUGUGGCGGGCGGCUACACCCCGGAGUAUGGAGCGCAUCACAUUUGACCAGGAUAGAAAUGUCCCAUCGUGGUCCUGGAUGGCGUACCUCGGUGCCAUUGCUUACGAGGACGUCCCUUUUGCCGAUACCGAGUGGUGCACCGAGAACAUUAGGAAUCCUUUUGGCGCAGACCGAUUUGUUUUCGCGAGAGACUUUGAGCUUGAUGAUAGCGAAGUGGUGUGGCACAUUAGCUACGAUCUAGCUGAUACCGUCCAUACGAUUGCGCAAAAGUGUGUCAUCAUUGGCAAAGAGAAGAAUAACCGUGAAACGGAGAACAGGAUGCAUUAUGUUCUAAUCAUUCAACCUUCCAUUGUGCGCGAGGGCUGUUACGAGCGGACUGGACCAGUCUCUGUAAUAUUUGGUGGAACUCGGGUUGGCAAUCGACAUCUGUUUAUGCCAGGAAACGGUCUUGAAGUGUUCCUUGACAAUUUAGCGGCCCACAGUGUUACGACUAUCGAUACAGCACAAAGCUAUGGCAACUCGGAGGCGACGAUUGGGCACGUUCAAGCAGGAGACAGAUUCAGCCUUGACACGAAAUGGAGUCCAUCGCCGAGCGAACCCGGACUGCCAUGGGCCACGAAAGACCAGAUCACAAAUUCUGCUCAGGAAAGUAUAGUGAAACUGGGGGUCAAACAAGUUGAUGUCUUUUUCCUUCACAGGCCGGACCCAAAUACACCAAUUUCAGAGACUCUUGACGCAGUCAAUAUCGUUUAUAAGAAUGGCAUAUUUCGGCGCUUUGGGCUCUCUGGCUUUCCGGCGUCUGAAGUCGAAGCAAUCCAUGCACAUUGCAUCGAACAUGGAUACCCUCUCCCCGCAGUGUACCAAGGCAGUUACAAUCCCUUCAGUCGAUCCAAAGAGAUUGCCCUGCUUCCGACUCUGCGUAAGCUAGGCAUGGCAUUCUAUGCCUAUGGUCCAUCAGCGGGAGGAUUUCUAGGCAAGACGGUCGCACAAGUCGAGGAAAUGGCGAGCGAUUCUGCUCGAGUUUCUGCUACUUGUCGCCCGUAUAUCGGAAAACCAAUGUACGUGGAAGCACUAGCCAGAUGGAAUGACACGGCAGAUGCUGAAGGCGUGAGUGCAGCCGAGCUUGCGUAUCGAUGGGUGGCAUGUCAUUCGGCGCUGAGCCGAGAGCAUGGCGAUGCACUGAUCAUUGGUGCCAGCAGCCCGGAACAGUUGGAGGAGACGCUAAGUGGCAUUGAUAGGGGACCGCUUAGCGAUACCACAUGUGCUAAGAUCCAUGAAAUUUGGGAGAGUAUCAAAGUCCCGACAUGA